UUCAAACGGUGACGGUGAUAAUUUUGAACAUGGUACGCGCUGCUGAUCCGUUGUUUCUGUAAAUUAAUAGUUUUCAGCCACACACAUGUACUGUAUUUUGGUUUUAGGGAUAUCUACGUGUCCUGGACUUUUGUGAGCCACUUGUUUCUUUAGCAAAUGAAAUAAGCGGGAUGUCAGGGAUUACUGAAAGCUAGCUACCGAGCGAACCUGUUAAGAGUCUGAGUUUUUCUUUCUUCGUGUCUGACAUGUUUGUAACAGGAUAUUUCCUGAAACAAAACAAGGCCGGGUUGUUCAGCAGUCACUGCUGAUCGUCACAACGUCCGUUUGUUACAGUCUGCGUGGUUCUACAUGUUGUGGUGGAAUCCAGACCCAGACAGGAAUGAGUUCGGGGAGGCUCGAGGUCAAAAUAAAACGAGUUUGCUCAAGAAAACGAUCUCGAGAGUUUCUGAAGACUCGCUUGGCACCUGCUCAACAGAGGGAACGAUGUUCCCCCAUCAGAACCAGCAGCAUGACUGAGCGUCGGCCUGUGGAGUUCUGCAGUGACAGUGAAGACCUAUUCGGUGACUAUGACAGCAUCCUUGAAGGCGGCUCUCUUCUGGCAAAACUGGACGACGCGGGAAAAAAUGAAAGGCAACGAGCCGCAAACCACCUGGACUCUCUCACUGACUCCAUCAUGGAUGAGUUCAGAGAGGAACCCUUUGAGGGUUUACCAGCCAGCCAGCUGCAGUUUCAACAGCAUUUCACAGAAGAGGCAAAGAGGAGCCGACAGGUGAAUGAAAACCAAACCUCUACACCUCGUCAGAGUGUCACCAGGACGGCUGAGGCCAGAAUAGAAACUAACAGAGGAGGUGAUGGCAGAAGGAGCUGUGGAGUAAGGAGGAGCAUGGCAGACCUGCUAAAGAAGACCAUGCUUGAGAACGCAGCUGCAGCUCCCGUCAAAGUCUCUAGAACAGCUGAGCUAAAAGAGGCUGUGGUUUCUGAGGAGAUCAGUGUUGCCUUGCAGGCCAUGGAAACCAUUUCUCCUGAGACAACAGACCUCGGGCCUUUCUUUGGACUCCCUAGCAAAGUGAAGGAGCUGAUGCAUAAACUGAGAGGAAUCCAAAACCUAUACGAGUGGCAGGAGACGUGCCUGAGCCUGGAUUGUGUUCAGCAGAGGAAGAACCUGAUCUACUCUCUCCCCACCAGUGGAGGGAAGACCCUGGUGGCUGAGAUCCUCAUCCUCAAGGAGCUGCUCUGUAGGAAGAAGGACUGUCUGCUUGUGUUACCGUACAUAUCGCUGGUGCAGGAGAAGGUUCGCGGGUUAGCGAGCUUCGGCCUGGAGCUGGACUUCAUGGUGGAGGAGUACGCUGGCAGCAAGGGGAAGUUCCCUCCGGUGAAGAGAAGGAACAACCGAUCUCUGUACGUUGCCACGAUAGAAAAGGCCCACAGCCUCGUCAACUCCCUGAUCGAGACCAGCAGACUGGAGAACCUGGGGCUGGUGGUGGUCGAUGAGCUCCACAUGCUGGGUGACGGCAGCAGAGGGGCGGUGAUAGAAAUGACUUUAUCUAAAGUGCAGUACAUGAGCAAAACAACUCAGAUUAUUGGGAUGAGUGCCACUCUGGGAAACAUCAAGGACCUGCAGACGUUCCUGAAGGCAGAAAACUACACCAACGACUUCAGGCCUGUGCAGCUGAGAGAAUACGUUAAGCUGAGUGAUUCGAUCUAUGAAGUCGACCCAAAGGAGGAGAACUGCUUCACAUUCUCACGUGUGCUCAACUUUAAAUAUUCCAGCGCCAUGCAGAAGGUGGACCCGGAUCACGUCAUUGCUCUGGUGACUGAAGUCAUCCCAACACAUUCAUGUCUGGUCUUCUGUCCCACCAAGAAGAACUGUGAGAAUGUAGCAGGGAUGAUCUGCAGAUAUCUGAGAGAGGAGUUCCUGAAGCAUCGUGAGAACGAGAAGGCCAUUCUCCUGCAGGAGCUGAGGGACAGUGGGAAUGGGUCUGUGUGUCCGGUGUUGAGAAGAACGGUGCCUUAUGGUGUGGCCUAUCACCACAGCGGGCUGACCUCAGAGGAGAGGAAACUGGUGGAGGAAGCCUACUCUAGUGGUGUGCUCUGCCUCCUCACCUGUACCUCCACCCUGGCUGCAGGGGUCAACCUGCCAGCUCGCAGGGUGAUCCUGCGCUCGCCAUACGUGGCCACAGACUUCCUGAAGAGGAGCCAGUACAAGCAGAUGGUGGGCAGGGCUGGCCGCGCUGGGAUCGACUCCGUGGGAGAGAGCAUCCUCAUCCUGCAGGAGAAAGACAAGCUUAUGGCCAAAGAACUGGUUUGUGCCCCGAUGGAGAACUGUUACAGCAACCUGAUGCAUGAUGAAGGAAAAGGCAUGCUGAGCCUCAUCCUGUCCCUGAUUGGAUUAAAUAUCAGCACGUCGCUGCAGCAGAUCCAGGAGUUCCUGAGUGGAACGCUGCUGUUCGUGCAGCAGAAGCAGCUGUGUGUGGAGAAGAGUUUGCAGGACGUCACGCUACAGUGUGUGGACAUGCUGAAAGAAAAAGACCUCAUUACCAUCAAGGUUACGGGCUGCAAUAGUCCAGAGCUGCAGAUCACACGGCUGGGGAGAGCCGCUUACAAAGGCUCGGUGGAUUUGACCUACUGUGACACUCUGUACAAAGACUUGAGUAAAGGUCUUGAGGGGCUGCUGCUCAACAGCUACCUGCACCUGGUCUACCUGGUGACUCCCUACGACCUGAUCCCGCAGUGCAACCCCGACUGGAUGGUUUACUUCAGACAGUUCACCCUGUUGUCCGCCGCUGAGCAAAAGAUGUCUGCAGCCAUCGGCGUUCCAGAGAGUUUUGUGGCGAGAAAAGCCGCAGGACAGACUGUGAAGAAGACCGUAAACCUCGGGGUGGUGAGGCGGAUGUACCUCGCUCUUGUACUCUUCAGUUUGCUGAAGGAAACCAGCGUUUGGAGCGUGGCUGAGAGAUUCCAGCUGAGUCGAGGUUUCCUCCAAACCUUGCUCAACUCCGCCUCCGCGUUCUGCUCGUGUGUGCUGCACUUCACUGAGGAGCUGGAGGAGUUCUGGCCAUUCAAAGCUCUGCUGACGGAGCUAACCCGACGACUGACUUACUGCGUAAAGGCCGAGCUGAUUCCUCUGAUGGAGGUGUCGGGGGUCAUGGAGUCAAGAGCAAAGCAGCUGUACAACGCUGGCUACAAGACGCUGACUCACCUGGCUAACGCUGACCCUGCUGUCCUCUGCAGGACCAUAGAAAACCUCUUCAAGAAGCAGGCCAACUUGAUGGUGGCCUCGGCCAAAGUGAGUGUCAUCAGAGGUCCUAGUUCUGUUUGCAGCUGCUGGGAGCAGAUGGUUUCAGCUGAACACAGAAAAUCCCAACAGGCCUCACAGGUUUUACUCGAUGCUGCUGAAUGAGAAAGCAGCUGUUCUGCAGGAGGAGGUGGAUGAGCUGCUGAUGCUGCCUGCAGACCUGCCACAGAUUUAAACCCAAAACUUUAUUUUUGUAUUUUCUGUUGGUUCUAGCAGAUGUUUUUAUUUUAAUUUGGUUAUUUUAUUAAAAUAAAUUACAUUAAGAA